AAAAGGUAAUUGAAACCAACCAAAAGCUCCUUUUUCCAUUAUUCUAAAGGUAGAUUCAAUUAUUGCUGACUUAAACAUUGGAGUGUCUACCCUGAGGAUCCACCUCGAGGCUUUGCAGGUUCAUCCAGAGUGAAGAGGUGGACUGAAGAAGGAUCUCUAGUUUGGUGCAAUUACAUUAGCGCUGUCUAUGGGAAUCUGAACUAAAAGCUCCUUUGUUGCUUUCUCAUCAUGGUCAACACUCGAUUUAUUUGAGUUGGAAAUUAGGCUUAACCUCUUGGACAAGGUCAAGGUCAAUAUCCCAACAACCUCCCACCUCAGAUCCCAAGCUUAUUCCCUCUUGUUGAACAUGUAGAAGGAGGAGAUGAAAACCAACCUCACAACUCAGCCCACAAUUCAGCUUCCACUCUUAAUCGAGGAGAUGUAGUCACAGCUCAACUUGUUGCCAUGCAACAGCAAUUCGGUGUCUUUCAGUUGGUUUUGGCUCAGCUCUUAACUCGAAAUAAUCCUGGUGAUCCCCUCAUCAAUCUACUCAGCCCUACUCAACAACCCUCAGUUCAACAACAAGAUCCUCAACUUGAAACAUAUGAUGGAAUGAAGGAUCUGGAUGAUCACCUCCAUGCCUUCUACUCCUGUAUGCAAGCUCAAAACGCUUCUUAUGAGUUGAUGUGCAAAAUGUUUCCCUCCGCUUUCCGUGGUAACGCCCAAACCUGGUACUAUAGUUUGCCUCCAAGAUCUAUUAGCUCUUAUACAGAAAUGACAUCUACUUUUGCUACAAAGUUUUCUAGUAGAAGAUUGAUUAGGAAAACCACUUCUGAACUUAUGCGAGUUAAACAGAGGGACAGAGAAUCUUUGAAGAACUACAUGAGUAGGUUCAAUGAUGUAGUUCUCGAAGUCAGCUCAUUCAACCAAGCCGUAGGAAUUGCAACUGUAAUUCCAGGUCUCCAACAUGAGAGAUUCAGAGAUAGCUUAAUUAAGCAUCCUGCUACUACUUUUAAUGAGGUUAAUGACAGAUCCUUGAAAUUCAAAACUACUGAAGAAUAUGCUUUAUCACAGAAACCAGUUCUCCCCAAGAAUCAAAACCCAGAUUGGAGAAAUGAGGGACUCGACCCAGCUUUGUUGCAAAAGUACGAUGGCCCCAUAUAUGGAUUCAAUAACCAACAUGUUCAAGUCGAAAGAGCUCUUACUCUCAAUGUUGCUUUUGGAAGUGGUCGAACUUAUGUUACCCCUUCAGUUCAGUUUCUAGUUGUCAAAAUGGCAUCCUUCUUCAAUGCUGUUAUCGGACGACCUACAUUAACUAAGAUCCGAGUUGUGGUCUCUCAAUCUCACCUCUGCAUGAAGUUCCCAACCCCCAUAGGGAUAACAACACUACGAGCACAAGCUCAGCACCAAUCCAUUGAAGAAACUAGUAGCCCAGAAGUGACAUCUCUUUGGGGGGAGAGGCUUCAGGUUAUAAAGGAAGAAGUAGAGAAACUCUUACAAGCUGGCUUCGUCAGGAGAGUUGAUUACUGUGAAUGGGUGGCUAACCUAGUGUUGGUCAAGAAGGCAAAUGGUAAAUGGCGAAUGUGCAUCGAUUACACAAAUCUCAACCAGGCUUGUCCCAAAGACUGUUAUCCGAUGCCAAGCAUUGACAAACUGGUUGAAGUGGCUUAUGGAAAUGAGAGAUUAAGUCUCUUAGAUGCAUAUUCUGGCUACCAUCAGUGCCAAUGGCUCCGAAGGAUGAGGAGAAAACCUCGUUUAAUGCAGAUUAUGAGAUCAGUAGUGCAGAAGGAUGAAUCUGGCAAACAAAAGAAGUUUGAAUGGAACCGAGAAUGCGAAGCUGUAUUCAAUGAGUUGAAGUCUUAUCUUAGCUCACCCCCUUUGUUGACAAAGGCUAUAGAUGGAGAAAUCCUCUAUUUGUACCUCGAACUGAGGUACCCCAUUGCUGAGAAAGCAGCGUUAGCAGUUGUCACUUCGGCCAGAAAGCUGAGGCCAUAUUUCCAAUCACACCCAAUCAUAGUCUUCACAGACCAACCUCUUCGAGAAAUCCUUCAAAAGCCAGAGUGCUCGGGAAGGUUAAUUAAAUGGGCAGUAGAACGAGGGGAAUUCGAGAUAACAUUUCAACAGAGCAAGGACUCAAGAGCUGGUGCAUUCAUAGUUGGCCCAAAUGGAUAUCGUAGUGAGCAUGCUUUGAAAUUUAACUUCGAUGCAACUAGUAACAUGGCUGAGUAUGAAGCUCUGCUACUUAGUUUGCAACUAGCAUUGGAGUGGAAAGUCAUGGCCAUAAGAGUUUACAAUGACUCGCAGCUUGUGGUUAAUCAAGUCAACUCAGUUUGUGAGGUUGUUGAUCUUGUCAUGAUGAAGUAUGUAGCCCUGGUGGCUGAGCUGAAGUAUGAACUAAGCUUCAUGAAGCCAAGAAUGAUGGAGAUUAGCACAGACCCCACUAUGUCGAGCUGGAUAGAUCCAAUUGUCUCUUUUCUACGAGACAAGUCAGUGCCUGAAGAUAAGCAAGAAGAGAUGAGGUUGAGGAAGAAAGCGUCUCAAUAUACACUCGUUGAUGGGGUCCUCUAUAAGAGAUCUUUCUCACUCCCUCUCCUACGAUGCCUGAAUCCUUAUGAAGCUGAGUACGCACUUUGGGAAGUGCAUGAAGGUGUGUGUGGAAGCCAUAUUGGUGCUAGAACUUUGGCUCACAAAGUCCUCAGACAAGGAUAUUACUGGCCGAAUAUAUAUGGAAUCCCGAAUCAGAUUGUAGCUUAUAAUGGUACUCAGUUUAACUACUCUUCCUUCAAAGAUUUCUACUUCAGUUACGGGAUCAAACUACAGUUUACCUCAAUAUACCAUCUGGAGUCUAAUGGUGAAACACCUUACCACCUGGCCUUUGGUUCUGAAGCAGUCAUUCCUAUUGAAAUAGGAGUCCCAAGCUUUUGGGUCACCCAUUUCGAUGAAGGACGAAAUGGACAACUACUUCGAGAGAACCUUGACCUGCUUACCGAGGUCAGAGAAGAAGCACGACUUCGAACUCUAGUAUAUAAGCAGAAAUUAGCUAACUUCUACAAUAAACGAGUUGACCCUUGAACAUUCAAAGUAAGAGAUCUUGUUCUCAGAAAGGCUGAUCUAACAGGGUUCGAAACUUGUUUUGGCAAAUUAGCCUCGAAUUGGGAAGGCCUUUACACAGUGGCCAAGGUGCCACAUCCUGGUGCCUAUAUCUGUUGACGACCACUUAAAAUGGGAUUAAGUGUGAAAAUAUAAAAAGAAGGGAGUC